AUGAAAUAUAUUGAUAGCAUUGAUAGUGACUUGUUCUCGGUGCAUGAUAUGGAUGCGAUAAUGGAAUUGCUUGAUUGUGUGGAACCAGGUAAAAGUAUUUACUACCAUUUCAAACAACCAACUUGGGAUUUAGAUUUUGGAUUGUAUGCUUUGGGCUGUGACGAAGAUAUAAACCACCUUAGUUCAUAUGUUUAUGAACACAAGGUUGGAAGUUUUCCUGAUGAUCGAGAUAAAGCAGUAGAAGGUGAUGAAGAACUAGAGGUUAUAGACAUUGAAGAAUUAGUAUCUGCAUCUUCAUCAGAUAAGGGUGAAGCUAGUAAAAAAAGGAAGAAGAUAAGAGAUUUACAAAGAGCACAUAAGAAUGAAGCAGCUGUUGUCAAAGAUCCAUUUUACAUCCACCAGAAUUUUAACACAACCAAGGAAGUUAAACAACAAAUUUAUCUUCAUUCCAUACAGAGUAGAAGGGAGUUAGACUUCGUUAAGAAUGACAAAAAUAGGAUUAGAGUGGUUUGUAAAGGGACUAUACCAAACCUUGGGAUAUUAGAAACGGGCGGGACCAACAAAAGUAAUGACAAAGUGGGACCAAGUCAAAAGAAAAAGAAAGUCAAAGAUGGUUCUAUUCAUAAAUGCACAUGGGUCCUACUAGUGAAUAAGUGGAAAAAAGACAAUAACUGGACUGUUAAGACUUAUGAAAAGCAACAUACAUGUCUUCAAACAAGGAAAAUUCGGGCAUGCAACUACAAGUUUCUCUCUGAACAGAUUGUUGAAACAAUGGAGUCAAACCCAGAAAUACCACUUAGAGCAUUAUGUGAGAUGCUUGAGAAGAAAUACCAUGUUGGAUUGUCAGACAUGAAAGUUCAUAGAGCGAAAACGAAAGCCUUGGAAUCAAUUAAGGGAGAUUUUGCUGCUCAGUACUCGUGUUUGAAAGACUACUUACAGGAGGGGUUAUUGCAUGCACUUGAGAAACUUUUCCCAACAGCAGAGCAUAAAUAUUGCCUAAGGCAUCUUCAUGAGAACAUGAAACGUAAAUGGAGGGGCAAGGAAUUCAAGGAUGGUCUUUGGAAUUAUGGAACAUGUACCACCAUACCACAAUUCAACAGUGUCAUGGAAGAACUAAAGAAACUUAACAGUGAAGCAUAUGACUGUCUUAAUUCUAUUCCACCUAAGCACUGGUCCAGAUCCCACUUCUCAGCCACUAAGACCCUUCAAAAAAUUAAAGAAAGGACAGUAAAAUGUAGGGCAGUGUUCUGUGGUAAUGGGAAGUACCAAGUUACAAGUGAAGAUAUAUGGGAUAUGAGGCUCAACAAUGAAAAUGUUGGAAUACCUGAGACAUGGGUUCACCCAACAUAUUUUCUCAAGACUUGGAAAGAAAUGUAUGUAUUCAAAGUUGAACCUAUUAAUGGGAGGUUUUUGUGGGAAAAAAGCACAUGUCCUACCAAGUUGAUACCACCAAAGUAUCGUGUCCCUAUUGGCAAACCAAAAAAAGUGAAGAAGAUCUGUAAUAGAAGAUGA